AUAUAUUUUCUGUUUUCAGCGGCUGACCGUCGGCACUGUGGCCGGUGUUUGACGCUGUUGGUCGGUGUUGGAGUCACAGACGGACCGCUGGACCGACAGAUAGCGGACAGGUCACACGGCAGUGAUGUCAUCGCUCCCGCUCUUCCUCCUGCCCUUCCUCAUCCUCACUCCGGCCUCAGCGCUGGAGUUUCGUUACCAUGACAACCGUGAGAUCGAGCAGUACCUCCUCCAGGUCAACGCCUCCAACCCCGACGUCACACACCUGUACAGCAUCGGCCGCUCCGUCAGAGGUCAGCAGCUGUGGGUGCUGGCUCUGGGUCUCAGUCCUCACCGUCACACCGUCGGCAUCCCCGAGUUCAAAUAUGUGGCCAACAUGCAUGGAAACGAGAGUGUCUCAGAGAUAUUUGGCAGCGUCCUCUUCAUCCUCUGCAUGGACGAUCUGAGCUUUUAG